CUGUGGAAACCGCCCUGGGUCUACGGUACCUCGCGUCCUUGGUUCCUCUCCGCCUCUGAUUGGAACACGCUGUCAGUGGGCGGUGCUUCUGGAAAGGGGCGACCCUUCAUCUUCUUCCAGGAGCCACUCGCAGCAGCGUAUUGACGUCACGCCGGACGCCGCUACCCUGUCGCCCAGCCUGUACUGCCCCGGACGUGGGCGCGGUUGCUGGGGCUGGCCUCUGAGUGGGUGCCGGCGGCUUUCUGACUAGAUCCGAGAUCUGCGGGACCAAAGCCUCUGUCCCUCCUGUUCUUGUCCGGCGCUGCCUAUCCCUUCCACGUAGUCAUCAUGGAUCUGAUUUUAAACCGAAUGGAUUAUUUACAGGUGGGAGCAACAUCUCAGAAGACUAUGAAGCUACUUCCUGCCUCCAGACACAGAGCUACACAAAAGGUGGUUAUUGGAGAUCAUGAUGGGGUAGUUAUGUGCUUUGGCAUGAAGAAAGGAGAAGCAGUGGCAGUGUUCAAGACUUUACCGGGACAGAAGAUUGCAAGGCUGGAACUGGGAGGAGUUCUCAACACACCUCAGGAAAAAAUUUUUAUUGCUGCAGCAUCUGAGAUUAGAGGCUUCACAAAAAGAGGAAAACAGUUUCUCUCUUUUGAAACAAACCUCACUGAAAGCAUUAAAGCUAUGCACAUAUCUGGCUCAGACCUCUUUCUCAGUGCAAGUUACAUCUAUAACCAUUAUUGUGACUGCAAAGACCAACAUUAUUACCUCUCUGGGGAUAAAAUCAAUGACGUCAUCUGCCUUCCAGUGGAAAGAUUAUCUCGAAUCACACCUGUAUUGGCCUGCCAGGACAGAGUUCUCAGAGUUUUACAGGGAUCUGACGUGAUGUAUGAAAUUGAAGUUCCUGGCCCCCCUACUGUCUUAGCACUACACAAUGGAAAUGGCGGUGACUCUGGAGAAGACCUUUUGUUUGGAACGUCAGAUGGAAAACUUGGGCUUAUUCAGAUUGCUACAUCCAAACCAGUAUACAAGUGGGAAAUUCAAAAUGAGAAAAAGAGGGGAGGUAUUUUGUGUAUUGACAGCUUUGACAUUGUGGGUGAUGGGGUUAAAGAUUUACUUGUUGGGAGAGAUGAUGGAAUGGUGGAAGUGUAUAGUUUUGAUAAUGCAAAUGAACCUGUUCUACGAUUUGAUCAGAUGUUGUCAGAAAGUAUCACAUCUAUCCAGGGUGGUUGUGUAGGGAAGGACAGCUAUGAUGAAAUCGUGGUGUCCACAUAUUCAGGCUGGGUUACAGGUCUGACAACAGAGCCCAUUCAUAAGGAAAGUGGACCAGGAGAAGAACUGAAAAUUAACCAGGAGAUGCAGAAUAAAAUUUCUUCCUUACGGAAUGAGUUGGAGCAUCUGCAGUAUAAGGUAUUGCAGGAAAGAGAGAAUUAUCAACAGUCUUCUCAAUCAAGCAAAGCAAAAUCAGCAGUACCUUCCUUUAGUAUAAAUGAUAAAUUUACACUAAAUAAAGAUGAUGCCAGUUACAGCCUUAUCUUAGAGGUACAGACUGCAAUAGAUAAUGUCUUAAUACAGAGUGAUGUUCCAAUAGAUUUACUUGAUGUGGAUAAAAAUUCCGCUGUUGUUAGCUUUAGCAGCUGUGAUUCUGAGUUAAAUGACAACUUCCUUCUUGCCACUUAUCGGUGCCAGGCAAAUACCACAAGGCUGGAACUGAAGAUUCGCUCAAUUGAAGGCCAGUAUGGCACACUACAAGCAUAUGUGACUCCAAGAAUUCAACCCAAAGCCUGUCAGGUUCGCCAGUACCACAUCAAACCUCUUUCACUUCAUCAAAGAACUCACUUUAUUGAUCAUGACAGACCCAUGAAUACACUGACUCUAACAGGCCAGUUCAGUUUUGCUGAAGUUCACUCCUGGGUGGUUUUUUGUCUGCCUGAAGUUCCAGAAAAACCUCCAGCAGGAGAAUGUGUGACAUUUUACUUUCAGAACACCUUUCUAGAUACACAACUUGAAAGUAUCUACAGAAAAGGAGAAGGAGUUUUUAAAUCUGACAACAUUUCUACUAUCUCCAUCCUAAAAGAUGUGCUUUCUAAAGAAGCUACAAAAAGGAAAAUCAGCCUCAACAUAUCAUAUGAGAUAAAUGAAAUAUCAGUCAAACAUACUUUAAAGCUAAUCCACCCAAAGCUGGAGUAUCAGUUGCUUUUGGCUAAGAAAGUCCAAUUAAUUGAUGCUUUAAAAGAAUUGCAGGUUCAUGAGGGAAAUACAAACUUUCUGAUACCAGAAUAUCGCUGUAUUCUAGAAGAGGCAGAUCACCUACAGGAAGAAUACAAAAAGCAACCUGCACAUCUUGAAAGACUCUAUGGCAUGAUCACUGAUCUUUUCAUAGAUAAAUUUAAGUUCAAAGGCACCAAUGUAAAAACUAAAGUACCUCUUCUCCUGGAAAUUCUGGACAGUUAUGACCAAAAUGCAUUGAUUUCAUUCUUUGACACAGCAUGAAAUACGAAUAAGGUAAAGUCCCGAGGAAGUGUUCUGUUUAAAUGAAAAAUGUUAAAACAGAAUUAGAAGUUAACUCUGUACAUACUUUAAUUUCAAACCCUUUUUUAUAUCUAAAAAUAUUUGAGAUAUAAUGGCUUUUUAAAGUAAUGCUUCUAUUUCUUUUGACAAAUGGAACUUUUUAAAACUAGAAGAGUAUUUUUAUUUUUAAAACACUAGUGGAAUGAUUUAAAUAGGAUUUUAAUGAAUUUUUGGCAAGUGGCUAUUUUAAUUUUUAAAUUGAGAACUAAUAUGUGGAAAAUGAAAAUAUAUUCAAAUGUAUUAUAAGGUAUAGAAACACAUAAAUGUAUAAACUGCUUUGUAGGUUUCAGAAUGUAUUUUUAUAUAUUACCUUAUUUGAUCUUCACAACUGUUGCAUAAGUUUGUCAAAUCAUAUAAGAAAACUGAUUCUCACUGAAAUCUUGUGAUUAAGAGGACAUGCUAGUAUUUUAUAUAGCUGGACAAGAACCCAAAUCCUGGUACUUCCUUUGUGCUGUCCUGGUUACUAUGUAUGGUGUCAGCUAGUGGAAAAAUCUACCAAUUAUUUUUUCUAGGAGAUAGGAUUAAUUUGCAACUGAUUUCCCUUUUGCUUAGGAAUGUUUUAGGACUCCGCUGCAGUUUGUGAAAUGCUCGACUUGGCUCAGUGCUAUAAAUUAUAGCCAGGGAAAUGAGAGCUUACACAGAGUGGAGGGAUCUUAACUAGACAUGCUGUAACUAUACAAACGUGCUACAGGGGAAGAGUGUAGAAAUAGUGAUGCCAUCUUAGAUUUUCCUAUACUAGUAUCUUCUAGAUCUCUUUUUAUCAUAUAUGACAUUAAGGCUACAGAAGUUUUGUACAUUAAUCUUAAUUCAUAUUUAUUAAUUUCAAGGGAAUACUGUAUUGAAAGGUUUUAAACUAGCAAAAAGAUAAUGUAAAAUAUGCUUUAUGUUUCGAGAAGAGCUGGCUCACAAAUUUUGUAGAAAACAGUGCUUCUUAAUGAUAUGCUAUUAUACUUAUUAGUUACGUGCAAGCUUUUUUUUUUUUUUGAGACGGAGUUUCGCUCUUGUUACCCAGGCUGGGGUGCAAUGACGCGAUCUCGGCUCACCUCCGCCUCCUGGGUUCAGGCAAUUCUCCUGCCUCAACCUCCUGAGUAGCUGGGAUUACAGGCACGCGCCACCAUGCCCAGCUAAUUUUUUGUAUUUUUAGUAGAGACGGGGUUUCACCAUAUUGACCAGGAUGGUCUUGAUCUCUUGACCUCGUGAUCCACCCGCCUCGGUCUCCCAAACUGCUGGGAUUACAGGCGUGAGCCACCGCGCCCGGACUAGCUUUUUAUAUAAAUAUAAAAAUUUGUUAAAGGCACAUAUACUUAAGACUUGAGUUUUAUUUUAACAAGGUCAUAUUGUUUUUGCUAUAUUUAGAGAAACUUUACUUCUGAAAGGAACAUAAUUAUAUCUAGGUCACUAGAAUUUCAUUGUUUUUUGUUUGCUGCCACAGCUUGGGGAAAAUAGAUAAAAAUUAAUGACUAUUUGAAUAUUUUGUAAUGUAUUGCUAUUUAUUAUAGAUGUAGAUAUUAUUAUGUAGUUCAAGGUAGCAUCUUAAAUUGCAUCUUCAUUAGGAAAAAAAAAAACAAAAACACAAUUUCUGGUUACUGUGAAUAAACACCUAAAUGUUAAGAUGA